UUUCUAUAGCUAAGCAAGUUACAAUCUUGAUGAGCUGGUUACAAAAUUCAAUGCACAUUGUCACAUGGGAGCAACUUUCGAGGGUGAAGAGACGAGACCUGAUAUAGAUUUAGUCUCAUAAAAUAACAUUUAAUUCCUUGUUCCCCUUUAAUAGUAACACCUUAACACUAUAGCACUUAGCACCUAACACUAAUAGUAACAUCUUCACUAAGGUGUUAUAGUGUAGGUGGCACUGAACACAGCCUCAUCCCAGAAUGUUGUCGAUGAGGCUAUGCAGAAGGAAAGCACAGGCGUCUUGAAAGUACCAUGAAAAUUAAAGAGUAUAUGAAUGCAGAGAAGGGAAUUGCCCGAUCAAAUUUUGCUCCCGUGACUGCUCACGCCUGAUUGGCUAAGAGUCACAUAACUAUCAUAUCUGCAUCUAAAAAAAGUUCGUGGAGCCGUCACUUUUGUCACGCAUAGCCUAAGAAAGAAAAUAUGAAACACAGGCGCAAGAGGCUUCGUUACACAGGCCGGCAGGUAAGUGGGCGUGGCAGUUUCCAGGUAUGUGAGUGCGGUGUUUAUCAGACUCGGUAUGUAAGACGUGACUUAAAAAGUGAUGUGUGGGUGUGGCAGGUAGCGGGCGUGAUAUGUGGGCGUGGCGGCGAGAGGAGGCGGUGCGGGCCCAGCCAUUUCCCUUGUGUGGGUUCCUCAUCCGCUGUGUGUGUCCCGAGGACCCAAGUGUGUGACGGCCGCCCGGACUGUCCGGACCACAGCGACGAGGCUCCAGAGUUGUGUGAGGACGUGGGCGUGGCCAGGCUGGCUGACGAGAUCCCCUUCAAUGUGCCAGAAGCGGCCGUGGGCACAGUGUACGUCAAGCACCAGCAGGAGUGGCGACCUGUCUGUGAUCAGUUUCUCACCUUAGGCGAUGCCAAGGUGUUGUGCAGGAAUAUGGGCUAUGCUUCGGGUUGGUCGUUGCCGCUCUACACACCGUAUAGUUACUACAGGCCCUCAGAGUUCGCAGCCAAGAAGAGCAACCUGACGACGGCGUGGAGGAGAACGCCUGAGUGCAGCGGUGACGAGGAGUGGGUAGGACAGUGUCCCAGCAUCUCCUGGGGCAGUGCCGACUGUAUACCCUUCCAGUUCGCGGGCCUCUUCUGCUACGAUGGGGGUGUGAAGGUACGGCUGGCAGGGAGUCAAGCUGAAAACGAAGGCAGGGUCGAGGUGCAGUUGGGAGGCGUUUGGGGCACUCUUUGUGACGACUUUUUUGAUGAUUUCGACGCCCAGGUGGUGUGUCGGGUGCUGGGAUACGAAGGUGAGGCCAAGGCCCACCAGAGGGCAGGGAAAGCCCCGGGACCCACCUGGCAGCUCGCUCUCGACUGUCUGGGAUCCGAGAGCGACCUUCGGGAGUGCCGGAUCAAGAUUCUCCCUAAACCAUGCCCAGCGACCAGGACUGCAGGGGUCACGUGCUCUCGCAGGCGCGGGGAGGUGGACGCUAGGCUGCAAGCAGUGCUGCCGGAGGACUGCGGGCGCCCCGACGAUGCCUCGGCUCAUUUCCUGCUACGGCUGGCCAAGGUCCGGGGAGGCGUCGUGCCCUCUCGCCUGGACGCCCCCUGGCUGGCCACACUUCGUACCACCUCGAAAGGCCGCCACCUCUCCUGCGGGGCCGUCAUCAUCUCUGAGGACUACCUGCUGACAGCCGGUCACUGCUUCACCGAAGUUGGUCCACUCAACUUGCUCGUCCGGGUGGGAGACCACAACUCCAACUACUAUGAACAUUCAGAGGAGGAUUUCUUCAUCGAAAAUGUUGUCGUACACGAAGACUUCAAUCCAGUCUUGUUGGAUAAUGACAUCGCUCUGUUGAAGAUCCGUAGGAAAAGAGGAAGAGGGAUAAGGUUCAGCGCGCAAGUGAAGCCUAUCUGUCUACCUCAAACACAAGAUUCCUACAAUGACCUCCACUUCUGCACCGUGGCGGGCUGGGGACCGACUGUCCAAAAUGGGCAGGCAUCAUCAGAGCCUCGUGAAGCUGUGGUGAGAGUGCUGCCAGCCUUCCUGUGCGAGAGCCACCCGGAGUUAGGGGGGUCGCUGGCUCACACUUCGUCUAUGGUGUGCGCCGGCGUGGAGGGCCAGCCUAUCAACCCGUGCAGGGGUGACUCCGGCGGGCCCCUGUCCUGCAGCGUGGAGGGCAGGCGGACCCUCUACGGCCUCGUCUCUUAUGGCUUGCCAUGCUCCACCCAAAGAGCUCCUGACGUCUUCACUCGCGUUUCCAAGUACUUGCGCUGGAUAGUUGAGAAAGUGGCUGUUUAGAUGUGGUUGGUGGUUAUGAAAUG